CCAUGGAGAAAUCCCUUGAAAGUAAAAAUGGCCACCUGGACCUGUUUGUUCGCUUCCUUCAUGGCCUCUCCCUGGAGUCCAACCAGAAGCUCUUAGGAGGUCUGCUGGGUCAGACAGACAACAGUCCAAAAAUCAUCCAGACAGCCAUCAACAACCUGAAGGAAAUGAACAGAGAUAAUACCUCUCCUGACAGAAGCAUCAACAUCUUCCACUGUCUGACGGAGAUGAAGGACCACUCGGUACAUCAGGAGAUCCAAGAGUUCCUGAAGUCAGAGAACACAUCAGAGAAGAAACUCUCUGAUAUCCACUGCUCAGCUCUGGCCUACAUGCUGCAGAUGUCAGAGGAGGUUCUGGAUGAGUUGGACCUGAACAAGUACAACACAACAGAUCAGGGACGACUGAGACUGAUUCCAGCUGUGAGGAACUGCAGAAAAGCUCAACUUUCUGGCUGUGGACUCUCAGAUACUUACUGUGAAGUUGUGGCCUCAGCUCUGAAGUCCAACCCCUCCCAUCUGAGAGAGCUGGACAUGAGUAACAACAACCUGAAGGAUUCAGGAGUGAAGCUGCUUUCUGCUGCACUGGAGAGUCCAAACUGUAGACUGGAGACUCUGAGAUUGAGUGGCUGCAGGUUGUCAGAGAUCAGCUGUGCUCCUCUGAUCUCAGCUCUGAAGUCCAACCCCUCCCAUCUGAGAGAGCUGGAGCUGAGCUACAACAAGCUGAAGGAUUCAGGAGUGAAGCUCCUGUGUGGUUUUCUGGAGAGUCCACACUGUAGACUGGAGACUCUGAGAUUGAGUGACUGCAGUUUGUCAGAGAUCAGCUGUGCUUCUCUGGCCUCAGCUCUGAAGUCCAACCCCUCCCAUCUGAGAGAGCUGGAUCUGAGUAUCAACAAGCUGAAGGAUUCAGGAGUGAAGCAGCUUUGUGGUUUUCUGGAGAGUCCACACUGUAGACUGGAGACUCUGAGAUUGUGGCGCUGCAGUUUGUCAGAGAUCAGCUGUGCUUCUCUGGCCUCAGCUCUGAAGUCCAACCCCUCCCAUCUGAGAGAGCUGGAUCUGAGUGACAACAACCUGCAGGAUUCAGAUGUGAAGCUGCUGUCUGAUCUGGUGAAGAGUCCACACUGUAGACUGGAGACUCUGAGAUGGAAGACGUGGUGAUCUCUAACCACCAUCAUCCCUGUGUGUUCCUCUGGACCUGACAGAGUAUCAUCAGUGUAUCUGUCCUUCUGCACAGUCUCUGCAGACACACUGAGACUCCUCCACUCCUUCUGCUCCACACUCCACCACCUCCUCCACCUGGACCUGGGUUUCACUUUGUCUUUAUUCAUUCAUAUAUUCUGAACCCAAAGUGCCUCUGCAGAUUAGUUCUAGGCAUACAGUGCAUAAGAGUAAAAAUAAGGGAAUAGUGAUAAUAGUGCUAAUAGUGCUAAUAGUGAUAAUAGUGAUAAUAGUGAUAAUAGUGAUAAUAGUGAUAAUAGUGAUAAUAGUGAUAAUAGUGAUAAUAGUGCUUUAGGGGUUCUCUGUAAGGUUCAGGUCCUCAACUAACAUUGAAAGCUUCAUAGCAUCUUUUUCUUCAUAUGUUUCAGAGAUGAAAAGUAAAGACACAGCUCCUGAUGGAAAACAUAGAAAUGUGGUCUUGAUUUCAGGAAUCUAUUUUUAUGUAUAAAAAGAAUGAUUAUGGAUUAUUGAUUGCCAGGUCAUUCAUGUACGGGAUCUUUCACAAUUGUACCAAAUAUAACAUUUUCCUUUGUUAGAUUAGAAAAAAAUACAAAUUUAGUGGACAACCAAAAAUGCAAAUCAUCCCAGAGAGCAUUAGCAAAAAUACAUUCAUAAAAUAAAUGUUCUGUAGUUUCAAUGUGUUCAUCACAGAACCAGCAGUUAUUGUGAUCAAAACCAAAACGGUUUCUUAAGAACUCAGCAGAGGGGGAUAUUAUAUAUAUUUCACUGAGAACCUUAAAGUGAACCUCCUUCACUUUUGGUGCAAUAGGACAUUUAAAGAAUUUCGAUCUCAGACUCUCAGCAUCUUUUUUAGAGAAACGUUUUAGAAUUGAAUUUCUGUUUGAAGAGAACGGAUAUAAGUCUUUAGUAAAGGUGACGUUAGGUAGUUUUAAGUUAAUGAGGUUGUGACCAUUCACCAAAAGUGAAGGGAGAUUGGGGUUUACAUUAUCUUGAGAUAAAUGAUAUGCCAUCACAAUUACAGCUUGAGGGAUUGCUUUGACAACAUUGUUAUACUGACCUCUGUCAACGAGGCUGAGUUUAGAACAAAAGUCCUCAAAUGGUAGAAUGUUUCCUGUAUUGUCCAAUAAAUGCAUCACAGAUCAUAUUCCUUUUUCUAACCAAUUUUGUAAAAAUAUGGAUUUAUUUUUAAGUAAUACAUUCCGGCAAUUCCGUAUUGGGGUUUUAUGGGGACUAUAAUUAUGUUUGUAUAUCAUUUUCCAAUAAAGUAAAACCUGUUGAUGAAACAAGGA